CGAAAAAGAACGCAGUGCUUCUUCCUUUCGUGUGUAUAAAUAUGUCUGCAUUCCCCACCUUCUUGCUGCUCUUCAUCUCAACACCUCAAGCAUCUUAAGCUAUUCAAGCUACUCAAGCUACUCAAGCACUCCAAGCAACCAACUCAAGAUCUUCAUCAUCACCAACAGCAUCUCCUCUCCGUCAAGCAACAACCCAAUCUCAGCCAUGCCCUUCUUCAAGUCCAACAAGAACAAGACCUCCUCUGCUGCCUCGACCCCAGUCCAGACCCCCCGCUCGUCGAUCCAAACAAUCCGCACUGCCAACCAGUCGAACCUCCUGACCCUCGAUCAGCUCUGCUCCAUUAAAUCCGCAUCUGCAUUUCGCAACCCGUACAUCUUGGUCACUGUUAAGCUUCCGAUUGCUGUGCCUACCCGCACUUUCCGUCGAGACAGUCGUUUCGAGACAGGAGCCGCGUCCGCCACCAGGGCUCAUGACUUGGCGGAGAACAGAUACCGUGCUGUGGGCCAUUUUAGGCUGCUUCGUGGACCUGCACUGGACCUCUGGAGCUACGACCUCGAGGUCGCAGAGAUUAUCGGCUCAAGUAUAUUGAGCGCCACCUACGGAACCUGGGCAGGCAAAGAGCACAAGCUCCGGCCACUUCAACCUGAGGUUUUUAUGGACGAAUCGUACUGCCACCUCGACCAUGCUGCGACAAAUCGAUGGGUCCCAAAGAAGGGUGGGACCGUGUCAGAGCUUGGUCGGAAACUCCUGCUUGUUAUAUUUGCUGCAUUCAUUAUGAGGUGGAGCAGGGUCAGAAAGCCGUUGCAGGCUCGGUUCGUCAAGGAUAGCGUACACAUCUGGCCGGCGAUCGGGAAGACUCAUCUCGGGGCAACAAAUCGUGGUGGGGAAUAUGAGGCUGGAUUAUGGAAAGAGGUCCCAAAGGAAAUCCGAGAAGCUGGCAUCAUUGCGGACAAUCGCGACUAUCAUGAUAACUUCACAGCCGAUGUGUUUGAUGGCGUAUUCGAGAAGCUGUGCAGGAACUUCACUAAAAUGAGGUUUGACCCUUCUCUUUUGCUCCUGCAAAAGACAUUGAUUGCUAGAAAUGGAAGUCAUUUGGUGGACAAUGUCUCCGAACAGCAUGCUCGUAAGAAGCCAUCGCCGAGUUGGGUUCUGGACAUUGAAAUGACUUGGCUCGACGCGAGUAUAAAUACGAUCACCAAUGACCAUCCCAAUUCUCCUCCUUCAACGCAGCAGUUAAAAAAUCACACAACAGACAAUCCACGCCUAAUCUACCACAUCCCGACCAUGCCGCUCUUCAAGUUGACCUCUCCCAAAAACCAGAGCACGACCCCAACCACCUCGCUCGCAGAGCCGUCUCGUGCCUCGCUGGAAGGAGCCCGCCAUGGAUGCCCGGGUCCUGUUAUGACCGUCGAUCAAGCCCUGUUUCGUAUCAUGCGAAGGACUGUGAACAACGCCGCCUGCGGUCCCUACGUUGGAUAAGGUCGUCCUCAAAAAUCAAAAGGGCGAUGAGGCACAAUGCGCAAAGACGCGUUUGAUGAUCAAAGACAUUUAUUCUUUUCGACUUUUUUUGUUACGACUCCACACUUUAACGACCCAUAGUACUAUUUCCCAUCCUUAUUCAAGUUAAUAAACGAUUUUUUUUGUAGAUUUAAUGGGUUUACGCCUUUCAUGUUUCUCCUUGGGGGUUUGUGUGCGUAGGCAUGUUCCCAGCGCUUAACGCGACCAAAUCGGAAUCACUACAGCACUUUUUUUUUUUUUUUU